AGAGAAGAAAAAUAUUGAAAAAUAUCCCAGUCUCCUCUCUUCUUCUUCUCGCAAAGAGGCGAGAGAAGGCAAUCAAAUCAAUCAUGGCCGGCGGCAGCAGAAUCCACAGUCCCUCUAUCUUCCUCCUCCUCCUCCUCCUCUGCUGUUUGAUCACCAUGGCUCACUCCACCAGGCUCUCCCUUCACAAACUGGUGGAUGGAAGCAAUAAGGACGAGUACAAUUGCGUGUACACCAUCUACGUCCGGACCGGGACGAUCUGGAAGGGCGGCACGGACUCGAUCAUCAGUCUGGCGAUUGCCAGCGCCGACGGAGACGGGGUCCUGAUCGAGGACUUGGAGUCGUGGGGCGGCCUCAUGGGCGACGGCUACGACUACUUCGAACGCGGCAACCUCGACAUCUUCAGCGGCCGCGGGCCCUGCAUCUCCUCCUGGCCGCCCUGCUGGAUGAACCUCACCUCCGACGGAUCCGGCCCCGGACACGGCUGGUACUGCAACUAUGUUGAAGUCACCACCACCGGCCCCCACUUGGGAUGCAACCAGCAGCUUUUCACCGUCGAGCAGUGGCUCGCCCGCGACGCCAGCCCCUAUCAGCUCUACGCCAUCCGCGAUCUCUGCUCCAGGUCCAACUCGGGCGAUGGCGACGACGAGGGAGGCGAGGAGAUUGCAACGAUCACAAAGGGAGAGAAGAAGCACGUGACCGUCGCGUGAGCCGAUCACCAUUCACCGCUCCGCUAGACCCCACGUUGUCGUUGCAUUUUGUCGUCGUUGUUUGUGAACUUUGUGUUAGAUUCAUUAAACCGGCACCGUUUUGUCACCGUAUCGGUUCCGUCGAUGUGUUAUUUCUUCGGUCGUGCUAAAAUUUCGGGUUGGGGAAUAAAACAGACGUUACGGACUUGGUGUUAAUAAAUAAAUAAUCAAAGGAUUUCUAUGGAA